AUGGAUGAGCACGAAAUCAUUAGAGUGGGGGGCCGAAUACGCAAUGCAGCGUUGCCAUAUGACGCGCGACACCCUGUGCUAUUGCCGAAGAGUCACCGAUUGACGAUUCUGAUCAUACAGCGAGAACAUGUAAGAAAUCUGCACUCGGGUCUGCAGGUCACGAUGCACGCGGUGCGUCGGCGAUUUUGGCCUCUGGCGGCGCAUUCAAUUGUGCGAAGGGUAAUUCACGAUUGCGUGACUUGCUUCAAGUGUAGGCCGGCUGCGUCACAGACACUGAUGGCAGAUCUGCCCGUACAGCGUGUUACGGUCUCGAGACCGUUCACUCACUGCGGGGUGGAUUAUGCCGGACCGAUGUUACUAAAAGAGAGCAGGAGACGCAAUGCCAGAUUGCACAAGGCAUAUAUUUCAGUGUUCGUUUGUUUUUCGACCAAGGCCGUACACCUUGAAAUUGUAACGGAUUUGACAUCAGAGACCUUUCUCGGAGCCUUUAAGCGCUUCAUGUCGCGCAGAGGCAGACCGUCGUGCAUGUAUUCUGACAAUGGCACAACAUUUGUCGGCGCGCGUAAACAGAUAAAGGAGCUCUAUAACUGUAUUAACGAUCACGAUACGCGGCUUGCGAUGCAGCGUUUCAUGCGAGAUAACGAGAUUGAAUGGCGUUUCAUACCACCUCACGCUCCGCAUGUCGGUGGGUUGUGGGAGGCGGCCGUGAAGUCGGCGAAAUCUCAUAUUAAUCGAGUAUUAGGUAACGCGAAUCUCACAUAUGAGGAGAUGCAAACCGUGUUAUGCGAAGUAGAAGCGGUUUUAAAUUCGCGACCGUUGAUCCCAUUAAGCGAUUAUCCAAACGAUCUGCAUUGUAUCACACCGGGGCAUUUUUUGAUUGGUGCAGCGCUAUACAGCUUUCCAAUUGCAGAUCUCACAGAGGAGAAUCCGGGCCGACUGCUGCGAUGGCAGCGUGUGGAGCAGCUUCGGCAACAUUUUUGGAAACGCUGGAGCGCCGAAUAUUUGCACAUCCUAAUUAAGCGACAAAAAUGGAGGAUUAGCAAGGGCCAGCAAUUAAAGGUCAGUCAACUUGCCAUGGUGCAGCAACCUGGUUUAGGACCGCUGCAAUGGUUAUUGGGCAGGGUACAACAACUUUAUUCGGGCCCUGACGGUGCUGUAAGGACAGCUACACUAAGGACCGCCAAGGGUCAAAUAACAAGGCCGCUGACAAAACUGGCCAUCCUCCCGAUGAACGAGGCAUCUGCCGAUUAA